AUGUGGAACAAGUCGCGGCUACGGGCCAUGGGGGAUCAUGUCGCGCAGCGCUUUCGCAAUGGCGAUGAAGCAGAUACUGCAGAGUGGCUCGGCGUGGUGGAGCUGAAGGUAGCGCUGCUACCAGAGGCGACCGAACUGCUGAAGGGCGCCGCUAACCGCGAGGUCCGGUGGGGAUGGGUGGAAGGCCUUUUCCUGCGGCAGAUCUUCGGCGUGCCACAGCGGCACGUUACAGGCGCCCGUGCAGCACAGCUGGGAGCAGAUGGGUGCGCCCCCUGGAAGACAGUGCUGGGCUGUGUAGGGAUCGAUGGAUCGAAGGCGGGUAUGACUUUGAUGAAUUGUUUUCAAGCAAUGGCCAUAAGGCUCUUACCUAAGCACUUCGAAAGCCUCGGCGACAUGACCGAUGUCAACGACACCGAACAGGUGCGCUGGAAAGGUCCUAGUCAACGGCACGAAGCUUUCCUGGCGGUGAUGGUAGCGUUCCAAGCCCGUGCGUUGUCCAGCGAUGUCAAUGGAAGUGUGAGGGACCUGCUUCUCGAGCAUUCGUUGUUGAUGCAGAUCUCCGGCGAUCGCGUCGUGCAGCGCUUUCGUGUCAUGGCAAUGAAGCACGCGCUGCAGAGCUUCCUGGAGCUCUUCGCCUCGCAGCGCGGCGUUUGGAUAUGGGUAGCGCAGCUACCAGAGGCGACCGAACUGCUGAAGGGCUUCUGCACAGUUGAUGUGAAGGAUGUGCAGGCGCCGCUAACCGCGAGGCCUUUUCCUGCGGCAGAUCUUCGGCGUGCCACAGCGGCACGUUACAGGUAUGCCAUGACAUCCCGACAUCCCCAGUGCAUUGGGGCUUGGGGCGCCUGUGCAGCACAGCUGGGAGCAGAUGGCUGUGAGGUACCUCCCAGCACUUCAAACGCCUCGGCGACAUGACCGAUGUCAACGACACCGAACAGGCGCUGGUUUCCUGGUGGUGAUGGUAGCGUUCUGCUCGAUUCCUUGCAGCGCAGCCUGCUGCGAUCUCUGUCCAGCGAUGUCAAUGUAAGUGUGAGGCCUUCCAAGCAGUCGGCAUAGAACGUCUGCUGACUCGGUGGAGAUGCCAGGUUUUUCCGGAGCGUUCUCAAAGAUCUGAUCACAUCACAGAGCACAUCCAGCGAAGCGAAGCAAUCCGAGAGACAAAA